AAGGCUUGGAUAGAGAAGACCUUUUCAAAAAGAGAAUGCAUCUAUGUAAUUGCCAACAACAAAGACAUUAGCAGGUGCUGCUGUGGCCAUCUUAUUAAUCAACAUAUUCCACCUCCUCCAAGCAUAACAGCUAAUAAAAAUGGAGAAGAAACAAAGCAAGUGGAAGCUCAGCCAGAGAAAUGGUCCGUCAGUAAACACACCCAAACAUACCCAACUGAUGCCUAUGGAAACCUUGAAUUCCAGGGAGGUGGACAUUCAAAUAAGGCUAUGUAUAUCCGUGUGUCAUAUGACACUAAACCAGAUUCUCUGCUGCAUCUCAUGGUGAAAGACUGGCAACUGGAACUGCCCAAACUCUUAAUCUCUGUCCAUGGAGGCCUCCAGAACUUUGAAAUGCAGCCUAAAUUAAAGCAAGUAUUUGGAAAAGGUCUGAUAAAGGCUGCUAUGACCACAGGGGCUUGGAUUUUCACUGGAGGUGUCAGUACAGGUGUCAUUCGUCAUGUGGGAGAUGCCUUGAAAGAUCAUUCUUCCAAAUCCAGAGGACGAAUAUGUGCCAUAGGAAUUGCACCAUGGGGCAUUGUAGAAAACAAGGAAGAUCUGAUAGGAAAAGAUGUAACACGGGUUUACCAAACAAUGUCAAACCCUCUAAGUAAGCUCUCUGUGCUCAACAGUUCCCAUACCCACUUCAUUCUGGCAGACAAUGGUACGCUAGGUAAAUAUGGAGCUGAAGUAAAGUUACGACGUCAGUUGGAAAAACACAUUUCCCUCCAGAAAAUUAACACACGGCUGGGACAAGGUGUUCCUGUAGUUGGGCUCAUAGUGGAAGGGGGUCCCAACGUGAUCUCCAUUGUCUUAGAGUGUCUACGCGAAGAACCCCCUCUCCCUGUCGUGAUAUGUGAUGGUAGUGGACGAGCAUCGGAUAUUCUGUCAUUUGCACACAAGUAUUCAGAAGAAGGAGGGAUCAUAAGUGAAUCCCUAAGGGACCAGCUUCUAGUUACCAUCCAGAAAACCUUUAACUACAGCAGAAAUCAAGCUCAUCAGCUGUUCCUCAUUCUUAUGGAGUGCAUGAAAAAAAAAGAACUUAUUACCGUGUUCCGCAUGGGGUCUGAAGGGCAACAGGAUAUUGAGAUGUCUAUCUUAACUGCUCUCCUCAAAGGUACCAAUGCAUCUGCUCCAGACCAGCUCAGCUUGGCUUUGGCCUGGAACCGUGUAGACAUUGCACGCAGCCAAAUAUUUGUCUUUGGACACCACUGGCCACCUAUAGGAAGCCUUACAGCUCCUGAUGGUACCGCUCCUGAGAAGGAAAAGAAGUCUCCAGCAGCUCAGACUAAAGCAGCCAGAGGGAAAGGAAAGGGGAAGAAAAAGGGAGGAAAAGGAAAAGAAGAGCCAGAAGAAGAAACAGACCCAAGAAAGCUAGAACUCCUGAACUGGGUGAAUUCCCUGGAACAGGCUAUGCUGGAUGCACUGGUUCUGGACCGAGUGGACUUUGUGAAACUACUUAUUGAGAAUGGAGUGAACAUGCAGCACUUCCUCACUAUUCCUCGAUUGGAAGAACUUUACAAUACUAGAUUGGGUCCCCCAAAUACGCUGCAUUUGCUAGUCAGAGAUGUGAAAAAGGGAAAUCUUCCACCGGAUUACCAUAUCAGCCUAAUAGAUAUUGGUCUUGUACUUGAAUAUCUCAUGGGUGGAGCUUAUCGCUGCAACUAUACUCGAAAAAGUUUUCGGACUCUUUAUAAUAAUUUAUUUGGACCAAAGAGGCCAAAAGCUCUUAAACUACUAGGGAUGGAG